GCGUCCGCCCCGGGUGGCCUCCGCCCGGAAGACGGAAGUGCAAAGACUUCCGGUCGGCGUGAGCCUGAGGUGUGGGUGUUCGUUUCUCAGGUAAAACAUGGCUAAAAGCUUACGGAGUAAGUGGAAAAGAAAGAUGCGUGCUGAAAAGAGAAAAAAGAAUGCCCCAAAGGAGGCCAGCAGGCUUAAAAGUAUUCUCAAACUAGACGGUGAUGUUUUAAUGAAAGAUGUUCAAGAGAUAGCAACUGUGGUGGUACCCAAACCCAAACAUUGCCAAGAGAAAAUGCAAUGUGAGGUAAAAGAUGAAAAAGAUGACAUGAAAAUGGAGACUGAUAUUAAGAGAAACAAAAAGACUCUUCUGGACCAGCAUGGACAGUACCCAAUAUGGAUGAACCAAAGGCAAAGAAAAAGGCUGAAGGCAAAGCGAGAGAAAAGAAAGGGGAAAAGCAAAGCAAAAGCAGUGAAAGUGGCAAAGGGUUUGGCCUGGUAGACUCUUAAAACCUUGGAAAAUGCCACAUGGGAUAGAUGACGGAUUAGAAUGUAUACACCUGUAUACUUUGAUUUCAACUGCCACCAAAUGAAAACCAUUUGUUUUCCUAUUUUAACUUGGCCUUUUUUCUUCAAUUCAAACCCAGCAUAACUCCGCAAGUUUGUUUUGGGAACUUGAAUAAAAUAUUUUCUUGGAUACA